AACAAAUCUGUCUUCAUCUUGCGUUGCAAUCUUCGUUUCCUCCGUCCUCCACCUCCACAAAUCUUUCAAAGGCCGAUAGCCCCUCAACGGCUCAACCCAUCAAAUCUUCUCUCUCUCUCUCUCUCUCUCUUGCUCUUGCAAUGGCUGCUUCUCUCUCCAUCUCCAGACUUCUCCUCUCUUUCCCUGCUGCUGCCACCACCAACGCCAACAACACCACAGGCACAACCCAAUCUCUCCUUUCCUCCAAGCUUUCCUUCUCCUCUCUCCCUCUCAAACACAAAUCCAAACCGCUCAAACUCAAAAGAUUCUCUACGAAAACAACCACCACUCCCACAAUCUCCGCCACCAUUUCCGUCGGGGACAAGCUCCCGGACGCCACCCUCUCCUAUUUCGAUGCUGAUGGCGAACUCCAGACCGCCACUAUAUCCACUCUCACUUCCGGGAAAAAGUCGAUCUUCUUCGCUGUCCCUGGAGCCUUCACUCCCACCUGCUCGCAGAAACACCUUCCGGGAUUCGUGGAGAAAUCCGCGGAGCUAAAAGCGAAAGGAGUGGAUACCAUUGCGUGUGUAUCAGUGAACGAUGCGUUUGUUCUCAGAGCUUGGAAGGAGAAUCUGGGGAUUAAGGACGAGGUGCUGCUUUUGUCUGAUGGAAAUGGGGAAUUCACGAAGAAAAUUGGGUGUGAGCUAGAUUUGAGUGAUAAUCCAGUGGGAUUGGGAGCGAGGUCAAGGAGAUAUGCACUUCUGGCCGAGGAUGGGGUCGUCAAGGUGCUCAAUUUGGAGGAAGGUGGAGCUUUUACUUUCAGUGGAGCUGAAGAUUUGCUUAAAGUGAUUUAAUUUUGUUGUGUUGAUUUUCUCUGUGUUUAAGAGUUUCGAAGUUUAUUAAUAAAAAUAGAUGAAACCUGAGCAGGAUUUCAACAAAUGGGAGUAGAAAUUGCUCCUUUUCUA